AUGCGCUUCUAUUUGCUCACCCUUCUUUUCUUCUUCCUUUCCUCAGCACAGGCUCAAUGGAGUAGGUGCGAUAAAUAUUGGAAUCUCAAGCCUGGAGAUGUCGGCAGCAAGUGGACAGUCAAGACUGACUGCCACCCCCUCGCCGGUUAUCCCAAGCAGUUUGGGGACACAAAGAUCAUUGUGAUCUACACUCGGAAGUGGAGCCAGCUAUCUACCAAGACCAAGAACGCCGUAAAACCAGUGCUUGGAAAGUCCCUCGCAGAGACUUUCAAAACCUACAACAAGUUCGCAAAGCUUCCGGCCGUAAUCGUCAUCAUUCUCACCACCGCGGUCGACGGCCUCACGACAGCAGCGACGAGCAAUCCGUACGAGAAAAAGUCACCCUUCCAAAUCCAGAUGUAUCAACGGUGGACGACGGAGGCGACGACCAACGUUCCUCGAGCCUCAUUUGCAGUGGCACACGAGCUGUACCAUUGCGUGCAGGACAUGAAGAUGGGAAAUGCUCGUGAUCCCGAGUAUAUACGCGACGGAACCGCAAACUAUUUCGCCAAUGUCGUCUUUCCAGAUUCGAAUACUGAAUGGCCUGGGAAGAAGUUCAGCGGCGCUGAGUACGACCCGGCUGUACCUCUAUACGCACAUGAUGGACAAGCUGCUUAUGCAGCGAGUGUGUUUUUCCAAUCCAUGGGGAAUCACUGGAGCUUGAACUCUAUGAACGAGUGGGUUUUGCGGACACCCGUGGGAUUCUCCGGCGCCGCGGAGAGGCAACGUCUCUCGGAGCUGGGUAACUUUGUUGAGACAUUUUUUACUUUCGCUCAAGAGUUCGCACUCCAGUCUAUUGAGGAUACGAGCGGAGUCAUGAUCCCCACCAUACCGGAAAUCCCUCCUAAAUCCGUUUCUAUCAAGAUGGGCACUGGCGCGGCGAGCACUACCGGCACCGCAACACUCACAACUACCCCAUUCACCAUUUCUGUCUUCAAGAUAACCGUCAAGAACGGCCAAACUGUUAGCAUCUAUUCAUCCGCCAACAGCUAUCAGCGGGUAGCAUAUCGGAAACCUGGUGUCAAAGACUGGGUGGAGAUGCCAACUGAUGCGACAUCAGGGAAGACUCAUGACCUGCCAUGCAAGAAAGGGGACACUCCAGCCACCUUCAUCAUCUUGUUCAUCUCUUCUAAAAAUGUCAAGACUGAUCAGGUUAAGAUCACUGUGAAAUAUAGCCGGCCCAAACAGUGUGGUGGGAGGACUGGAUUUGUUCACUACCCGCUCUUCAACCCAAAAACAAGCGGUGGAUACUGUCCUAAAGGCACCCACAUCUCUAAAACGGCAAUCUGGUGUUGUCCCGAUGGAUUGGAAUUGGACGAGGAGGUGGCCAGCGAAGUGAGCAUUUGCUGCCCCCCAGGGGUGAACUGCCAUGAUGAGAUCAUUCCUGGCAAUAUCAGGUGCGCGAAUCCAGAUUGGAAUCUUUGGACGAAGCAAUGGAGACAGGUCGGAUGCUGUCAGAAGGGAUACUACCCGAACAGACUGCGGUACUGUGUUAAAAAUUUUGCUGAUAAGGACCCUGGUAUGGUGGAGGUUCCCCAAGACAGUUAG